GCGAGGUUGCGCUGGUACGUGUAGUGUGGGAUCAUUUUGAGCAGGUCAUCUUACUCAAAUACUUCCAUAUAUGUUUUAAUGUAAAUUGGGAGCACACAUGCAUCACCAAAUCUCCCGACACACCACGAGGUCUGUCCAACAGGCAAAGAAGGACACGGGGUCAGGCUCCAGCCCACAAACGACAUGUAUAGUACGACAUGGUUGGCGUCGGGAGAACUGGACCAGGAAAGGUCUGCUGACUCCAUCGUGGCCAGAUCGAUUGUUCUGUCACUGUCAAAUACCGCCGGCAGCAGGAGUCACAAGCAUAGUUACCUAAGCACAUUAUCGUGACGCAGUGUGGAAACUGAAAGGGACAUGCAAGUUGACAGCGGUGUAGGAAAGUAGGUGGUCAGGUGAAUGGGAGAAGCGGGAAAACUCAACAGGGCGACUAGUGGACAGGUGUGAGUGGUGUGACCGUGGUGACACAGAAGCCUCCUGUUGUCAUGGUGAGGAAAGGAGAGACAGCCACCAUGGACUGUAACCUGGGGACUGUUACUGACCAGUCAGCUCGCUGGGUCUUUAUAAGCUUCAGUCUCUCUUCUCCUCACACUCCAACCCUGCUCACCUCUCAGCUGGACAGUAAGGGACGUUUACACCACACACUGACAACAUGCUGGGGACCCUCUGCACUCUCAUCACUGCUCUAACAUGUGUUAGUGGUGUGACCGUGGUGACACAGAAGCCUCCUGUUGUCACGGUGAGGAAAGGAGAGACAGCCACCAUGGACUGUAACCUGGGGACUGUUACUAACAGUGAGGCUCGCUGGUAUAAACAGAUUCCAGGAGGAGUUCCUCAGUAUGUACUGAGGUUUUAUCACAGCUGGAGCUCUCCAAGCUAUGGCUCUGGUUUCUCCUCUCCAAAGUUUACAUCUAAUCAUCAGUCAACAUCAGAUUACCGUUUGAUCAUCACCAAUGUGGAGGAGGGAGACUCAGCAGUCUAUUACUGUAAAACAUGGGACAGCUCUGUUAGUGAGUACGUAUUCGGACAAGGCACCAAGCUGAUUGUGACAAGCUCCAGUCUCCCUCGUCCUGUCCUGACUGUCUUCCCUCCGUCCAGUGCUGAGCUCCAGUCCAACAAAGCCUCUCUGGUCUGUCUGUCCAGUCAGUCUGGGCCUUUUGCAGAUGUGAGCUGGUUGGCUGCUGGGAGUCCAGUGAGCACUGGGAUCUCUACCAGCACCGCUGUUCAGCAACCAGACAAGACUUUCCAAAUCAGCAGCUAUCUGGCCGUCCAGACGUCAGACUGGAACAGGGGUCAGGUUUACACAUGUAGAGUGUCUUUGGGCUCCCAGACUUCAGAGGAAAACAUCCGCAAGUCAGACUGUCCCACUGAAGAACAGUAGAGGAGCAGAAUGACCGUUUAACAUCUGCUUCUUUACUCUUUGUGCUGUUUGCUCAUUACAAGCUUUACAUGUUAGAAAAGAUGUCUGCAUGCUUGUAAUACAUGUUGUGACAGUUAGGUGGAGGUGUUGUAUCAGCUUUGCAAAUGCUGCAUUUUUCAAAACUCAUUCAAUAAAAUAAAAACAAAAACUG